AUGGGAAAUUGCAUGGAGACAUACACACAUGAGAGGCAACAAGCAGAGGGAAUGCAACAGCAGCAGCAGCAGCAGCAGAAGAAGCAGGGAUAUGAGGGAGAAAGAGCAAGUGGGUUGGUGCAGGAAAGCAGUUUUAAGCAGGGUUGCAUAAGGGUUAAGAUUGUGCUAACAAAGGAAGAGCUGGAGUGGUUCAUGCUUCAGCUGAAGGAUAAUGAAGGGAAGGUGUUGGAAGAUGUUUUCAGAGAGAUUGAAAGAGGAAGAUCAGGCAAAGUUGAGGGAUGGAAGCCUUCUUUGGAAAGUAUCAUGGAGAGCCCUGAAGUGCUUGAGAUGGAUCGAUGA